AUGGUCGUGACGAGAGUUCUCUGUGUGGCUGAGAAGCCUUCAAUUGCGAAGGCUGUGGCAGGACACCUCAGUGGGGGCCAUUUCCAGACUCAUCCAAUCACCGGCAAUCAAUAUGUGAAGAAUUACGAAUUCUCGUUCAAUUUUCCAGGAUGGGGUCCUUGCGAAGUUACCAUGACUUCGGUGUUGGGUCACCUCAUGGAGGCCGACUUUGGAGCCCAAUACAAAAGCUGGCACUCGCAAGACCCUUCUGCUCUGUUUGACGCUCCAAUCGAAAUUUCUGUCGCGGACAAAAUGAAGGCGGUGGCACGCAACAUCGGAGUCAAGGCUCGCCAUGCUCACUACCUGUACAUCUGGACGGACUGUGAUCGAGAGGGCGAGCACAUCGGCACCGAGAUCAUGAAAUGUGCGCAGGAGACCAACCAACGGUUUCGUACUGCAGGUAGAGUCGUUCGUGCACGCUUCUCGAACAUUGAGCGAACGCAUGUGCUAACUGCAGCGCGAAAUCCGAUCACGAUAGAUGAAGCGCAAGCCAAUGCUGUAUAUGCACGGCAGGAGCUCGAUCUGCGUAUCGGAGCAUGCUUCACUCGUAGACUGACAAUCGACCUGAAGCCGAUGAUGCCCUGGGCGGACGAACGCGGCAAGGUAAUCAGUUACGGCAGCUGCCAGUUUCCAACACUCGGCUUCGUGGUUGAGCGAUACAUGCGCGUGCGCAAUUUUGUGCCCGAGACCUUCUGGGCAAUCAAGGUUAUGCAUCGAAAAGACGACCAGGAAGUCAACUUCCGCUGGGCUCGAACACAUUUGUUCGACCGGAUGGUCACGACGAUUCUCUACGAAAAAUGUCUGAAUGCACGAGAGGCAGUGGUGUCGAGAGUGCAGACCAAACCGACCUCGAAAUGGAGGCCCUUGCCACUUACGACUGUUGAAUUGCAGAAAUGCGGCAGCAGAUUCCUCCGGAUGAACGGCCAACGUGUUAUGAGUGUCGCAGAGAGUCUCUAUCAAAAAGGCUUCAUCAGUUAUCCGCGCACGGAGACGGAUCAAUUUGACAAAAACAUGGACCUUCGACAGUUGGUGCAGAAGCAGGCCCAGAACCAAUCUCGCUGGGCGAACUACGCGCAAGGACUGCUCAAUGGCGGCUUCCGAUGGCCUCGUGAUGGUCGUCACAAUGACAAAGCCCACCCUCCAAUCCAUCCCGUCAACUUCGUCGCCGCAAAUGCUCUCGAUGACGAGUCGCAGCGAGUCUACGAGUUUGUCACCAGGCGAUUCUUGGCGUGCUGUAGUGAUGAUGCAAAGGGAAGCAAGACCGAAGUGAGCAUUGCUUAUGGUCCUGAGACCUUCCACGCCUCUGGCUUGACGGUACUGCAGCGCAACUACCUGGAUGUGUAUCCCUAUGACAAAUGGACCAGCAGUCAAGUGCUGCCUGACUUUCAACAAGGAGAGUCUUUCGUGCCGACAUCUGCCUUGAUGCACGAAGGACAGACUUCGCCACCCGGAUACCUCACGGAGCCAGAGCUGAUAGCAUUGAUGGACACUAAUGGCAUUGGCACCGAUGCAACAAUGGCCGAGCACAUUGCCAAAAUACAGGAGCGAGAGUAUGUGCAGACAAGACCGAGAGCCGGGCAGGCGCGCCAGAAUGCCGGGGACGAAAGUGAGGAAGAGGUAGAAGGUCCCGUACAAGCCCAACGAGGGGGCGGUCGAGGACGUGGUAGAGGCCGCGGCAGAGGUGGACGCGGUGGAGCCAACAACCGUCCUGGAGGAAGCACGACCGGAGUGGAAGAAUUUAUACCGACAACGCUUGGGGUCGCGCUUAUCGAAGGCUACGAGAGCAUGGGCCACGAGAUCAGCAUGGCGAAGCCCUUUCUACGCAAGCAGAUGGAGGUGAAGAUGAAGGAUAUCUGCGAGAAUCGCAUCACGAAGCAAGCCAUGGUCCAGGAGAUGAUUGAGCAAUAUCGAGCCACAUACGUCCGAACAAAGCAUGGCAUGCACUUUCUUCAAGCGUCUGUGCGCAAGUACGUUCAAGGCCAACCAGGAUGAAUAUCUGCGUGAUGACCACCUACUCACGUAUGCACGUGUAUGUCCGGAGAAUGCAAGCAUGCACGCAGCAACAUCGAUCUGGCCGUACAGAACACCGCCUCUAUCAUCCCCGCGCGAUCAUGCCCAUACAACGCCCGUCCAGAUGAUCAAUCUUGCAAGUGGACACUUGCUGGAUCCGGAUGGACGAGUAUUCACACCUGCCUUACUGAAACCGCCGCGCAAUCAAAAUUACCAUUCACUUCGACAGACAUGAUCUCGCAGUGCUUGUGUGCAGAUGAAGAGAUCAGUGUCGAGUGUCGUGAAUGGAGGGAACCGUCAAGGCUAAAGAGAAAAUGGCAUUAUGACUUCUGGCGAUGCAGACACAACGAUAUUUCUAGACGCAAGGAGGUCUUCAAUUGCGGCAUGUAGUCUAUUUGAUUCGCGUCUGUUCAGAUGCAAAAUCGGGACUGAGAUCAACAUUGUGAAUCCACAUAUGGCGUGCUAGAAGCUAUCCUUGAACAAACCGACCAUCGGCUUUCGGAACCAAGCCCGCGUCCAUGACUCCUCCCAAGCCGGAUACUUCAGAACGCCGCGAGCUUUGUCACUG